AUGUUCAACAAUACAGAAAAUUAGUUGAAGAAAUUAUUGCUCAUGGGUUAAUAGAAGAGUGGAAAAUCGUCUAUGCAUAAAGUUAUCUUUGCUUGUGCUCCUAUAAAAGAGCUUUAAUAAAUAGGAGUCACUACAAAUGUUUCUAAAAUUAAUGUGAGAUUUAUGGGAAAUCUCCAUAUAGAUUUACUUGAUAUACCAGGCUAGCCAGAGGAAUAGAAAAAAUACUUAUUUGAUUUAAAAGAGACUAUUUUUUCUACUGUUGAAGUUCUAGUUUAUUUAUUUGAUGUUGAGACAGAGGGAGAAUAAUUUAAUUCUGAAUUGAUUACUUACAAAACUACACUGUCUAAUUUAUCAGAAUAUUCGCCAGGAUCUAAAGUUUUUGUUUUAAUAAAUAAGUUUGAUAAAAUUAAGGAAAGCGACAGAAAAAUGGUAUUCGAGCGUAAAUACAAAAAAAUAAUAUAAGAUUCUGAAGGAUUUAAUAUAGAGGUGAAAGAAAUAUUUGCAACUUGUAUAUGGGAUGAAACAUUAUAUAAAGCAUGGUCGCAGAUCGUUUAGAACUUAAUACCUGACAGAGAUAUAAUUCAUAACAGUUUGAAAACCUUUUGCACUAAAUGCAGUUGUGAUGAGGUUGUAUUAUUCGAAAAAUAAAGUUAUCUUGUUAUUGAUUUCGUAGAUGUAAAUGAGAAGAAAGAUAUAUUAAAAUAUGAGAGGAUAUCUAAUAUUAUUAAGCAGUUUAAACUCUCUUGCAAAAUGGCUUAAAUUGACAUAUAAACUAUAAUGGUAAAAUCAUAGAAAUUUAAUGUACAAAUUGUAGAGUUUACUGAUAAUACGUUUAUACUUCUUUUGUUUACUGACGAAAAAGUAUAUCCUGCUGCAAUCUAACAUAAUGUAUAAUAUGCUAAGAAACUAUUUAAAAGCAUCAAUGGUUCUGAAACCGAUAAAUUGAAGUUGCUGCUGUGAAGUAAAUGUGAAUAAUUUUAUAAUUAAUUAAUAAUUUGAAUUCCUCAGAAUUAUAAAUUUUAAA